AUGUCCCAUCAAAAGGAGAAUUUUCACAUCCAAGAUGGUAUCAAGGACACGUUAUCCUUGAGCAUCCCAAGUGCGCAGGCCCUCGUCAGCAGUCCUCAUCCCCAGGUCCUCAUCCAUCGUAUGGACAUGGUCGAUCUCGCUCCUGGCAGCACCGCCUCAGGUGCAGGUGGUCAGCCGCCUCGUCGCCCCGGGGACUCUCUUCCUCCCAAAUCUGCCUCCAAGAAGGCUCGGCGUCGGGCCCGGAAGACUAUGCCUUGCCAACCUUGUCUGCGAUGGCUCCGCAAAAAUCAUGGCUAUUUGGUUGGCGAGCGCCUCCGAAGCGAAAUCCCUUUCGCUUCCGGGCAGGGCGCCCAGUGCGAACGGUGUGGGCUCUCCCGCAAGAAGUACACUCCUGUUCCUGAGGCUCGCGUGGCCGAGACCAACCGCAUCCUCGCCCUCAAUCAAAUGCUUGAGAGAGAGCAGCGUGUCCUCGAUGGUCGUGCCCAUCUUGCCUGGGGGUCCGGUGCUGAUGCCUCCGGUGCUGGUGCCUCCGGUGCUGGUGUCCCCUCCGACAACAUUUUUGCUGGCAUCCGUGAGGCCUUGCGGCUUAUGGGCGAAGCUUGUGCGGCCCUCAAAUCAGUGUGUGAGUCUCUCAACGAUGAGGACGAGGAGUAG